AUGUCCAACGUUGUGUAUACGGUCUAUCGCGACACGUUCAUUCAUCUGACACGGCUUCCUGAGGGCCCAUCUCGAUCUAAACCACAGCUAGUUCGCAAUUGUGGUGCACUUUGGGUAUCCACAGAAGACGGCCGGAUCAAGGGUCUUGAUUGGAGUGCUGGAGAUGAAGAAUCGUUCGGCGCAUUGAUGGCCCGCAAUGGCUGGAUAGAUAUCAAUGCGGAUACACAGACACCUGGAGCAGGGGGUAUGAAGGUGCAGGUUGUGAAAGCGGAUGAAGCAAGAAACGAAUUCUUCUUCCCUGGGUUCAUCGAUACCCACAUCCACGCUCCUCAAUAUCCCAACGCCGGUCUCUUCGGCUCAACGACUCUACUUGACUGGCUAGAAGCCUAUACCUUCCCCGUGGAAUCAGCCUUCGGUAAAACAAAUACAACCCCAACCAAUGAUCCCAAAGAUACACCCCCAUCCGCUCUACGAAUCUACGACCAAGUAAUCGCGCGCACUCUCUCUCAUGGCACAACCUGCGCCUCCUACUUCGCAACCGUGCACGUCCCAGCAACGAAUGCUCUCGCCGCUCUAUGCCACAAACGGGGUCAACGAGCCUUCAUAGGACGCGUCUGCAUGGAUAACCCAUCCUUCUGUCCAGAAUACUACCGGGACGCAACAGCCGAGGAAUCACUCACAUCCACAAAAUCGGUAAUCGAAUAUAUUCACACACUCGAUCCAAAGGGCCAUCUUAUAAAACCAAUCAUCACACCUCGAUUCGUGCCAACCUGUACCAGACCCGCACUGGAAAGCCUCGGAUCCCUGGCUGCGAGUUACGAACCCCCGUUACAUAUCCAAACCCACAUCUCCGAGAACCUCAACGAAGUGGCCCUCGUUGAAAAAUUGUUCCCUGGUGUAAGUUACGCAGGUGUUUACGAUAAAUAUAGCCUCCUUACAAAGCGCACGAUCCUCGCGCACGCGGUUCAUCUCUCAUCUUCAGAGCGCGCGCUUAUUCGAGCUCGCGAUGCGAAGAUCUCACAUUGUCCCGCUUCGAACUCUGCGCUCGGAUCGGGUAUUGCGCCCGUGCGAACCUUUCUAGAUGAGGGUUUGACAGUUGGAUUGGGGACUGAUGUAAGUGGAGGGUAUAGUCCUAGUAUUCUUGAAGCGGCGAGACAAGCUUGUCUUGCGUCGAGGUUACUAGGACAUACUGCUUCCUUUUCAGACCAGAAGAAUGAGGAAUGUGAGGCUGGGAGAGAGAAGCUUUCUGUGGAAGAGAGCUUGUACCUCGCUACUAGAGGAGGCGCGGCUGUUAUUGAUAUGGCGGAUGAGCUUGGUGGAUUUGAGGAGGGGAUGAUCUUCGAUGCGCAGCUUAUUCAAUUGGGAUCGGUUGCUGCGGUUGAAGGGUUACUUGAGGGUACUGGAAAUGUGCUGGUGGAUGGACCAGUUGGCAAUGUUGACUUAUUCGGCACAGAGACUUGGGAAGAGAAGAUCCAGAAGUGGGUUUGGAGUGGUGAUGACCGCAAUGUCAAGGCAGUUUGGGUUGCAGGGCGUUUAGUGCAUCGGAGGGCUUAG